AUGACCCACACAGGACGCAUCCGAGUCCAAGGCUGCGAUUUCAAAGAUAAUGAGAAGGAAAAUGUCUUUAUCCUCUUCCUACCACUGUACUUACGCUCACCCAUAUCACUCACAGCAAACAACAGGUACUUGGCUUUUGCGCUUGAUUGGGCUAACCGAUCCUCGCUGGAGUACGGCGUACGGCAAGGGGAUCCGCUGAAACCAGAUGUGACGAUUCGAAAGUACAUUUUUGAGGCGGCUUAUGCUGAGACCAAGUCGUCUAAGGACAAGCGAAGCCUACAUUUAUUUGUCGAAGACCAAUGGAGCCUAAUGAGGUUUGCCAAGGACACGAUUGACGAGAACCUACGUAAUGAACGGGUUGUGAUGGAGAUCCCUUGUCUGCAAGUGUUUGCCAGGCUGCCACACUCAGGCGCCCAUACUCGAACGGCUGCACUCCAACGAAAAGCCGUAUUCAACUGGCCACGCUCCAGAUGGCCACGCUCUAAACAGCCACGCUCUAAACGGCCUCAUAGUCUACCGCAGUCGAACGACGGCCUUCUCCGCGGCCAAAUAGCCAGCCCAUCCCAUCUCGGGUAUGAUGGCCAAGGCUUCACGAACAACACCAAAUCAUAG